GCUUCAUUUUUAGUCCCUUUUACAGCAAAAGAUUGCAGACACCAAUUUUGCCGGCAGAUUUUCAGAGCAAUAUAUUCCCCUCCUCUUUCUCAUGGCCAUGUGUAAAUCUUCAUUCUCUUCUCAAUAGGACGUAAGCCCUAUCAUACCAUUCCCACCAACCACACACCAAAGCUCUGAUUUCGCUCUCUCUGUCUCACACUCUUUCUCUGCCUGUCCUUCUCUCUGUAAAACUCACGCAAAAUAUUUCUUCAAGUCUUGAGAUUUUUAUUCCCAGUCUUAUCAUCUCAUUAUUUGUUACUUUUCGUGUUUGUUACUGCCCUCUAGUCGCCAUUGAUGGGUUGUUCAACCGUACGAGACUACUUCUCAAAUAAAGUCUUCAAUUGAGGAGGCCGUUUCUUCUGCAAUUGGGGGGCUUUUUAAAAAUUACAAUAACAAUGCUCCUUCUAGAUUUCUAGAAGCACAUGCCAUGGAUCUGGAAGCUGGAAUUUCUAAAAAUUAUGUUGCUAAGAAAGAAUCGUGGAAGACGGUUCUGACUUUGGCAUACCAGAGCCUCGGAGUUGUCUAUGGAGAUUUAAGCACUUCACCGUUAUACGUAUACCGGAGCACAUUUGCUGAAGAUAUUGGACACACAGAGAGCAACGAAGAGAUUUAUGGCGUCUUGUCUUUGGUUUUUUGGACUUUAACGUUGGUCCCGCUGAUCAAAUACGUGUUCAUCGUUCUCAGAGCUGACGAUAAUGGCGAAGGGGGUACAUUUGCUCUGUACUCUUUGCUGUGCCGGCAUGCCCGAGUCAACUCGAUGCCUAAUUGCCAGGUGGCAGACGAGGAGCUUUCUGAGUAUAAGAAAGAUGGUUUUUGUAAGGCUCCAGAGAGAAGCUUUGCCUCGAGAUUGAAGGCGACGUUGGAAAAGCACAAGGUUUUGCAGAAUAUUUUGCUUGUUCUGGCUUUGAUCGGAACGUGCAUGGUGAUUGGUGAUGGCGUCCUCACACCUGCUCUUUCUGUUUUCUCUGCGGUUUCGGGCCUUGAGCUUUCUAUGUCCAAGGAACAUCACAGAUAUGUAGAAGUCCCGGCUGCAUGCCUCAUACUGAUAAUCUUGUUUGCCCUCCAACAUUUUGGCACGCACAGGGUUGGCUUCUUGUUUGCUCCUAUAGUGAUCACAUGGCUUUUCUGCAUCAGUGCCAUCGGUAUAUACAAUAUAUUUUACUGGAAUCCUCAUGUGUAUAAAGCCCUGUCUCCUUAUUAUGUUUUCCAAUUUCUAAGGAAAACACAAAAAGGAGGUUGGAUGUCUCUUGGUGGAAUUUUGCUGUGCAUAACAGGAUCAGAAGCCAUGUUUGCUGAUCUCGGGCACUUUUCACAAUUAUCAAUCAAGAUUGCUUUUACAGCUGUGGUUUAUCCAUCUUUAAUUCUGGCAUAUAUGGGUCAAGCCGCUUAUCUUUCUAAACAUCAUGAUAUUGCACAUGAUUAUCACUUCACAUUUUACGUAUCUGUGCCAGAGAAAUUAAGAUGGCCCGUUCUGGUGAUAGCUAUACUUGCUGCAGUUGUUGGAAGCCAAGCCAUCAUCACUGGAACUUUCUCAAUCAUCAAGCAGUGUUCUGCAUUGAGUUGCUUCCCAAGAGUCAAAGUGAUACACACAUCAUCAAAAACCCAUGGCCAAAUAUAUAUCCCUGAGAUCAACUGGCUACUAAUGUUCUUGUGCUUGGCUGUCACAAUUGGUUUCAGAGACACAAAGCGCUUAGGCAAUGCCUCAGGUCUGGCAGUUAUUACAGUGAUGCUGGUCACGACGUGCUUGAUGUCUCUAGUGAUCGUGCUAUGCUGGCACCAGAGUGUUUUUCUUGCCAUCGGAUUUGUUUUCAUCUUUGGGACAGUUGAGGCUCUCUUCUUCUCAGCUUCUCUUGUCAAGUUCCUGGAAGGAGCGUGGGUGCCAAUUGCUUUGGCGUUUGUAUUCCUUACUGUCAUGUAUAUUUGGCACUAUGGCACUCUUAAGAAGUAUGAAUUUGAUGUUCAAAACAAGGUCUCUAUCAACUGGCUCCUCAGCAUAGGUCCCAGCAUAGGUAUUGUUCGAGUCCGUGGCAUUGGCCUUAUCCACACAGAGCUAGUAUCUGGAAUUCCAGCAAUCUUCUCCCACUUUGUGGCCAACCUUCCAGCAUUCCACCAGGUCGUCGUCUUCCUCUGCAUCAAACACGUCCCAGUUCCACAUGUCAGACCUGAGGAACGAUUCCUGGUGGGUCGAAUUGGCCCAAAGGGCUUCAGACUUUAUCGGUGCAUUGUGCGAUAUGGGUACCGUGAUGUCCACAAGGAUGACAUCGAGUUUGAGAAGGAUCUUGUGUGCAGCAUAGCAGAGAUGAUACGAACCGACACAGAAAGAUCCAAUGCUGCAAACGAAGAGGCUGAAAAGGAUGACAAAAUGACAGUUGUUGGAAGCUGUCCUUCCCACCCAAUUUUGAUGAGUGAUGAAGAUACAUUGGACAAUAACAGCAGUGAUAGCAGCUUAGAGUCAGCCGGACCUUUGACAGAGGUCAGGGAAAUAAAGUCACCAAAAGCGAUCCAACCAAAGAAAAGGGUGAGGUUUGCCAUACCGGAAAGUCCAAAGAUCGAUAAUGGCAUUAAGGAAGAAUUGGAGGAACUGAUGGAAGCGAGGGAAUCUGGGGUAGCCUACAUUAUGGGGCACUCUUAUAUGAGGGCAAAACCAGGGUCCAGUUUGAUUAAGAAGCUGGUAAUUAAUUUUGGCUAUGAAUUCUUGAGAAGGAAUAGCAGAUCACCUUCCUUUGUAGAUAGUGUACCUCAUGCAUCAUCUUUGGAAGUAGGGAUGAUGUACCAAGUUUAAAUUUUCCCCCCUUUUCCUAUUUAGUUUUGCACCUGUAAAUGCGUCAUGUUCAGAGUCCUAAGCCACCAUCUUCAUGAAGUGGUGGAUGAAAAUAGUGUAUAAAUUUUGGUCCUUUUUGUUAUAAAUUUUAGUCUUUUUUGUCGUUCCAAUGGCUUGGAUCGUCUCCCUUCCUUUGUGUUGCUGUUUGUCAGAUAGGCAUUUCAGUGUCAUAUACUUUUGGUGAGAUUUUCAGUCUUUCUAGUUUGAAAAGAAAGCAAAGGGCAAUUCAUAUUC